AUGACUGCACGUUAUUGGAUAAGAGAAUGUAAGAAGCGAAAAUGGCUGCGGUUCCUUGGAUGUGAUGGAUCGGUGCUACUGGACGACACAUCUUCCUUCACAAGAGAGAAAAAUGCCGUCCCGAAUCGGAACUCGGCUCGAGGAUUUGAUGUGGUAGACUACAUCAAGUCGGCGGUUGAGAAAGUUUGUCUCGGUGUAGUUUCAUGUGCUGAUAUGUUGGCUAUUACUGCUAGAGACUCUCGGAGGCCCAACUGGGACGUGAAACUCGGAAGGAGAGAUGCAAGGACUACAAGCCGGGCUGCUGCUAAUAACGACAUUCCUCCUCCAACUCCGAACUUGAAUCGACUCAUUUCUCGGUUCAAUGCUCUCGGACUUUCCACCAGGGACUUAGUUGCUUUAUCCGGGGGGCACACAAUUGGACAAGCAAGGUGCACAUCAUUCAGGGCACGCAUAUACAACGAGAGCAACAUUGAGCGCUCCUUUGCUCAAACAAGGCAGAGAACCUGUCCGAGAGCAACCGGCUCAGGCGACAACAACCUGGCACCACUUGAUAUCCAGACUCCCACAUAUUUCGACAACAACUACUUCAAGAACCUAGUCAACCGGAGAGGUCUACUACACUCCGAUCAACAGCUGUUCAACGGCAGUGGGUCCACGGAUUCCAUUGUCCGGGGUUACAGCAAAACCCCGGGCUCAUUCAGCUCUGAUUUUGUUGCUGCCAUGAUCAGGAUGGGAGACAUUAGUCCCCUCCCUGGAUCAAGAGGAGAAAUCAGGAAGAACUGCAGAAGGGUUAAUUAAUUGAUGCACUGCUGCUUAAUUUGGUUUUUUAAUAACAAAGAAACAAAUAGUGUGGCAUCACUUAAGAUUAUGCAUUUGAGAUUGUGUGUUUGUGUUUUGAAUAUUUUCCAAAUUGUUGAAUGGCUUAGGCCCCGUUGAUGAGAGUUUUGCAAUAAUAAUAAAAAAAAGUGACUAAGAAUUGGAAU